AUGAAAAUUUUUAUACUUUAUUCUAAUCUCUAUAAGAUAAGAAAAAAACAUUAUAUUAUAUUAUGUUUUUAUAUUUUAUCAGUAUUAAUUAAUAAAUUCUCAGUACAUGGAUAUGAUUCAAAUCAAGAAAAAGAAAAAAAUUAUGAUGAUAUAGAUAUGCCAAAAGGAAUAUUUCAUCAUUCAGAGACAGAAAGUGAAAUUAAUACAAAAUAUACUAUUCCUGAUUGGGAAAAAAUGAAUCCUUUAGAUAUAGCUACAUCUCUUUUUGAUACUGUUGCUGAGGUAUCAUCUAAAAGACUACAAGCAAGUAGUGUUCAUUUACCAAUGCCAUUUGGAUUAUCUCCAUUAAAUAUUCAAUUAACAAAAGAUACAAAUACAGGUGUAAAACUUAGUGAACCACUAUCUACUAUUCAACCACCAACAGAAAUGAGUAAUGAAGAAAAAGAGGCAUUUUUAAAUGCUCGACUAGUUUGCCUCCAACAAGAUGAUCAAGCAUGUGUCAAAGCACUUGACAAAUUACAUAUAGUAAAAUAUGGUUUUUCAAAAUUGGCAGACAAUGAAAUUAGAAGGAAAGCACAAUCACAUACAAAUAUAGAAAAUAUUGUACAACAAGGAUUAAUGGAAUGGGUAUUUCCAAAUUUUGAAAAAAAAUUAAGAGAAAUGCGAUCCGGAAAUAAUGUAAAAAAUUUUAAGCAUUCAAGACUUCCCUCAAGAUUUCCAUAG